UUUCCACCGUGUGUUCUCCGCCUCGCCCGCAUUACGGGCCUGGGUGCCUUCUAUUUUCGGCGUCGUUUGGGCGCGCGAAAAACGGUUGGUACCCAUUUACGUAACUACUAUAAUGGGUAGCAUAGCAGUCUGUUGUUGUCGCGAAGGUUAUAUUUUACGAGUGGCCGCCGUAAAAGGCGUUCCAUCUGGUUAUCACUGGUAUCAUGGUGAUGUGGACUGUUUCCGCCGCCGCCACGUCCCUCUCUCCCGCCGCCACAGAGCCGGUGGGCCCGCACGACAGCCUGCUCGCGGGCGGUGAAUGGAGUAAGACCUAUCGUGUUUUCGUGUGGGCAGGGCGCGGGCGACGGGGUGAACGUUUUAUUGCGCCCGCACCAUCGAUUUUCCCGAAUCACACGCCGUUCCCCGUUCAUGGUUUUCGAGCACACCUUGUGUAAACACCGGAAACGGACGUUUCCGUUCCACGUCCUAUCGGAAUAAUCGUGGACUUAUCUCGUGCUUUGUUAUAUUUAUAAUAUUAUGAUAUCGAUAACGAUAAUAAUAAUAUGAUGUGUCGAUAAUGGUCGAUUGUACCCGGGGAGAGGCAAACUUUCGUUUCUGUCCCGUAAAUUGUAUAAUUGUCGAUUGUUUAUCGUAAUAAUAUCGUCUCCAUAUAAUUGUUGACGAGCUCGUUUGCACUCGUAACGAUUUCUCGUCUACAAUUUCAUUAUAAAAAUAUAAUUAUUGUGUCAUUGGGUGUGUCUUUUCCUGCUUUUGCUCAUUAGGUUAAUCGGUUUUAGGCGGUGGACGCGCAUACAAAUUGUUUUGUCAGUCGAGGCUUUUAUGAACAAAAAAAAAAAAAAUAAACAAUACUGAUUAAUGUUAUUAUCAGCUGAGGCCAGCGACUAUCGAUUCGUUUCCUUUUUUGUUGUUAUUGUGCUAGUUUGUGCUUCUGAUAGUUAAUACGCUCCGAAGGUCUUUACAAUAUGAAAUAUUUUACUGAAUAAAGCAUCAAUGCAUUUUAUUAUUUUAGUUACAAACAAAAUAGACAUAGGGUAUCUGCCACCUACCUACUUAACUACCUACCAAAAAUUUAAACUAAAAAAGAAUAAUAAUGCAAUGUUACAAUCACGUGUCUUAUAUAUGAUGACGCCAUCCCCAAAUCAUAAACCUGUCUCACCGACGACGUUAGCAAAUAUUUUAAAAUUUGAGAAAAACAUCAUCCACAUGUCAAAUGGAUGUCCGAUAAUUUUGAAUACAUCAUAUCCUAUAACUGAAUCUGUUUCUGAUAAUCCAGUACAGCAUAUAUCCAGACCAAUGUCUUACGAAGAAACACCUUCUUGGGAUUUGACUACAUACGAAAAUCGCUUGAGAACGUUUUAUGGAGUCUGGAAAUUAAAUUUUAUAACACCUGACCAAAUGGCCAAAGCUGGAUUAUAUUAUUUGGGCAUACAAGAUCGUGUUAGAUGUUUGUAUUGUUCUACAGAAUUCGACUAUUGGCAACAAGGUGAUGAUCCGGUUAUUGAACAUAAACGGCAGUCUCCACAAUGUCCAUUCUUUAACGAUUCUUCUGCUGGUUAUGAUGUUUGUGGUAUUUAUGGUUCUGCUCCUGAUAUCCAUAAUCAUGAGUCAAAAAAAGUUCAAGACUUUUUAGAUUCUGUGGGUAUUCUGUACCAGAUCAAUCCACCUAAGCACAGAGAUUUUGCCACCCUAGAAGCACGAUUGAAAUCUUUUGAAAAAUGUUUGAUACCAUUAAAACAAAAUAUUCAAACUCUAUGUGAAGCGGGAUUUUUUUAUAUAGGAAAUGGUACAAAUGACCAAAUGCUUUGUUAUUACUGUAGUCAAGGUCUGAAGGACUGGGAAGAAAAUGAUGAACCGUGGACGGAACAUGCAAAAUGGGCCCAUAAUUGUAGUUUUGUGUUAUUAAAUAAAGGCAAACAUUUUGUUGAUAAAGCACGUGGCGUGAAAAGCACAAAAUUCAACCCAACGGAGUUAUUCAAGCUGAUUGCUGAACAUAAGGAUAUGUCUAUUACUGAGAAUAAUAUGAAAGUAAAUUCGACAAAAAGGAUUCACAUUGUCUGCCAACGUCAUACACCUAGACUUGAUCAGCUUGAUCAGAUUUCAAACCAACAAUGUAAAAGCCGAGAUCCUUCAACAGUUCCCGAUUCGAUGUUGUGCAAGAUUUGCUAUAAAGAAGAAAUGAAAGUGGCUUUCAUACCUUGCGGUCAUGUGAUUGCCUGUAUUCAAUGUGCAUUGACACUCGAACAGUGUGCUGUGUGUAGACAGCCGUUCAGUACGGUAAUGAGAGUACACUUAUCAAUGGACGAAGAAAACGUCAAAGAUAUCAAAGAUCUACCUUGCAAUUCAUCACAGUGUUCAAAUGAACCAUUAGACCCAAUGCUUUGCAAAGUAUGUCAUAAAGAAGAAAUGGCUGCGGCAUUUAUACCCUGUAGACAUGUUUAUGCGUGUGUCAAAUGCGCGGCAGAUAUGCACGAGUGCCCGGCGUGUACAGAAGGUUUCUGUGCCACCAUACAAGUGUACUUAUAGGGCCUGUAAAAUUAUUGCGAAAUUGUGAGGUGGAAAAACCAUUCUAGUCUUUAAUUCUAAUUUGUCUAAUUAAUUUUACUUUUAACAACUUAAUAAUGAAAAAAUGAAAUAUAAUAAGCACCAUGGGCUAAAUUUUACUAUGUUGUUGUGUUGUUAGUAUUCUUGCAAUGCACAAUAUUCAUAGCAAAUUAUGAGACUGAUUUCCUUAGAAGAUAGUACAUUAAUGAUCCUCAAUUAUGUUAUUUUUUUUUCUGUAAAAGUACUUUGACAUAUAAUUUACUAUCAAAAUUAAAACUACAAAAUUACAAACUGUGUUCUCAAUCUUUUAAUAAAUUUAAAGUGUGGUUAACACUAUUAAAUUGGGAUAUUUUAUAUCGGCAGAUAGAAAAAUGUAUUUAUGUGUCAAUUUCCUUUCAUAAUAAAUAUAAAAUAUUUGUGGGUCAGUUAUUUACUUAUUCUGGAUAAAAAUGUAAACAUAAGCGAUUGUAAGACAAAUAAUAUUAUGUCUAUACAGGUAUGAAGUCCUUUAACCUUUUAUGAUAAUUUUAAAAUCCAAUUAAUUGUUGUUUGGUUAUAUAUAAUCGUAGAGCUGUCGUAAGGUAUUUUUUUAUAUUGGUUUGAUUAAUUAUUUUUUAUUUCCAUAUUUUGCACUCAAGUUGAAUAAAUAAAUCAAUUAUAGUUCUUAAGACAGAUACUCCCAUGUACAGUUUCUUUGUAAAUAAACAUUUUUUGUUUUUUUCUUAUUGUUGUUAUUAAAAAAACAACAAUUAUUUAGUGUUUUAACUAUAAAAGAAUAAUUAUAGAAUAAAAAUCUAAUUUUAAAACUACAAA